ACGUCUGGCGUCGUACUCUUACUAGCUGGAUAGCUUGAAAGUGCUUUCUUACUGUAACGUUGGAGUCCAACAUAAUAGCAUCUGUGCUUGUAUGUUCUGAAUAGCACAUCCUCAAACACUGUGACUUUGCCUUUGUUCGUAUGGUAGCUUCAUACAUUUUAUAAUCUUAAAAAAUAAAUAGCAGGUAAAACCAUGGCUGGAACAGUAAGUCUUGAUCUGGACCCUAUCUUUCUGAAAGGGCUGGGAUAUUUGCAUUCGAAAAGUAAAGACUCUGCUGAAAAGUUGAGGGCCUUACUUGAUGAAUCAAUGGUUAGAGGAAGCGACUCAACCUACAGGAGUUUACAGAAGGAGGUUGAGGUUCCUAAGGUGCCAGGCCCCAAGGUUACGUUAAUUAAACAGGACUCCAAGUCCUCCUCCAGUUCUUCAUCUUCCAGUAGCAGUAGCAGCAAAUCGAGCAGUUCUGAGAAGAGCAAAAAGGAAAGUGAGAAAAGGCCCACUGAAAAGGUUAGGGUUACAGAAAUAUUGGAGGUAGCUGAUCCACCAAAGAAGGCCAGGACAGAGAAACCUGUGGAGAACCGCUCAUCCCCCAUCCCUGUUCCAGCCAGCAAGGAACUCAACCUGCCUGACCUUUCUGGCCUUGAUGAGACCAGUGCUGAUAUCUUUGCUAUGGAAAUGGGUCUCGCUUGUGUGGUGUGCAGACAAAUGACAGUCACUUCAGGCAAUCAGCUAGUGGAGUGUCAAGAAUGCCACAACUUGUAUCACCAGGACUGCCACAAACCCCAAGUCACUGACAAGGACGUUAAUGAUCCACGACUGGUGUGGUACUGUGCACGGUGUACCAGGCAGAUGAAGCGCAUGGCACAGAAAACCCAGAAGCCCCCGCAGAAGCCGUCUCCUACGAUGACAUCCACAGCAGCUCCUGUGGUGAAGGACUCGCUAGUGAAAAAGCCUGAGCUGAAACCCAAAGUGGAAACCACCAACACAUUCCAGGCCUUCAAGAGAACAGAGGUUAAGACAUCAGCAGCAGUAUCAUCUACUACUUCAAGCAGUGGAUCCUUGCAGUCAAGUGGCUUAACUGGGUGGGCAGCGUUUACCAAGACCUCCACUGCUGGCCCCUCAAGCACAAAACUGGGCUCUUCUACUCAGGGCGGAAAUGGUAAAUCCACCCCUCCCUCCUCUAGCACCAAGCCUGCAGGCUUGUCUGGGAUGGCCAGUGCCAAAUCAGGUCUGGGCACCAAAAUGUCCGGCAGCCCAGGGGGGAACAAUAAUGGGAACAAUGGGUCUAGCCCCGCGCCCCUGAAGCCGCCUCCACCACUGACCCUGGGGAAGCAGGUGCUGAGCCGCUCCUCCAGCGGGGACAGCGUGGGGAAGGUGACCGUGGCCGGGUCCUCCAGCAGUGGCUCUUCCCCUGGGGCCUCUUCCUCCUCCUCCAGCAGCAGCAGUAGCCUCGGAGGGAACGGGGGAUCAGGGAGUAACGGGGGAGGCAAUGGGGGCGGUAACGGCAGCAACAACAACGGGGCCAAGUCAUCAAGCGAUGGCAAGACACCCACCUCACAGGAGUCCCAGCUUCAGGCCAUGAAGAGGCUGCAGAUGGUGAAGAAGAAAGCGGCGCAGAAGAAGUUGAAAAAAUGACAGGAAAAUGUUGAGAGAAAUGGGGUGCCAGACAGUUGUGAUGAGACAUUGGCAUUUAACAUCUAGUUCCAUAAAGAUACUGAAUAAAUGCUGCUGGAGAAGCACGGACCUUUGUGUGGCUACGUUUCGCCUCGCUGUCUUCAUGGAUCACUGAAAAUGUGUUUUUAAGGACAUUUAAUAAAUAACAUUUUUAAGGA